ACAACAACAUGCCAUGACAGAAAGUGAUCACUUAACUAUUUGUAGAGAUGUUGGAGACACAAGUCCAAGCAUUCCCCCUCCACUUCGUCCUCGGUCACCAGGUCUGACAGGGGGCGCAUCGGCACCGGGUCGCUCUCCUGCAGAGGCAUCCUCAUCUCCCGGAGAAAGAGCUCCAAGAACCGUCGGAAGGUUUUCUCCUCUGCUGUAGAGCUGGCCAUCAUUUCUCAUUCCUGUACAGACAGAGUCCGCUCCGCCCGUCAGAAUCACUCUAACUUACCGGGCGAAGAAGAGAGGAGAGUCUAACGGAACUAGUUGGACUGUGAGUGCAGAACCAGACUACCUGGAUGAGUGCGUAAUACCGGAGGAGCAGAGUCUUGGAGGACCGGUGAGACUGAGGACAGCGGACCUGACGGGAUGGAAGGGAUUGUGGCGUGUACGGUUACACUACCGGACUCGACUCGCUGUCAGAAGCCGGACUGAGCCCCCAUUCAGGUCUGAGCGGGAGCGCGCAUCGCGUUAUCAGGGAUUUCGGCUGAUCAGAGGGCAGUGACGUCAGAACAGACGCAGCGGUUUAAUGUAGGUCGUGGACGCGCACGCAGCGUCGUCUGACGUCUGACCUUUUAGCAGACACGCAAUUAAUGAAGGUGGCCUGUUUCGGGGCUCUCUGCAGUCUGGACCGGAUCAAGUGUUUCCUAUACAAAGUUACUGAAGUGCUUUACCUGACUGAGCGGGGAUUUAAACACUUCAGGUGUGCACUGAGGCAGAGUAUCAAAUAUAACACAUAUAACACUACCUUUUUCAUUCUGGAUUAUUAAACCAUUAAACGCAUUGUUGGAUAUAUAUUGAUUCCUGAUGUUUGAAGUAGUAUUUGGGGAGUUCGGCCUAUCAGACUACCACACAGUAGAUACCCUCACAAUAUAAUUAUUUUAUGCAUGGGAAAAUAACCAGCUCUUACAUAAUCACUAUAUUCACUCUAAAAAACAGACUUUUUGCACGGCAUGGAGCCUGUUUGUUUAUUGAAAGCAGAUAUUGUUUUGCUCUUUCUCUAUAAACCAUCAUUUACUUGAAAAUAUUUUGAUUUUACCUACUUUGGUCAUUUAAAAUAGCUUUAUUAACACCUUGAGCUCAAUUGUACAAAUGAACAUUCAGAGUGUGGAGGUUGUGAAACAGCAGUAAUGACCAGUCAGUAGCUUUCAGCUGUAAACUGAAUUUUAACAGAUGAGCAGCCUUCAUUAUUUCAGGGCGAUAUAUAUAGCAAGUGAUCAUGUGACCUGUCUCAGAGGCUUUUAGCUGCAGCAUUGAAAGUCUUGAAUAACUGAUGAAGGAGGAUGAUUGCUUGAAUGGUCUAAUCAAAUGAAUGCACAAGAAGAAGCAGGGAAGUGUUCUGCUGUAUUUCUGUUGUUUUCCCAGCUUGUUUUUACACAUUUGAAAAAUCAUGGGUGUGUGUGCAUUUCCUACUCAGACAGACGUUUAGUUGUUUGCAUAUUUAAAGACUUCCUCCAUCAUAUAAACAAAAACAGAAAGAAAUGUGUUGUGGUUAUACUUAUGGUGAACGAUGAAGGAGAUGAUCGAAUGGCAUAAAACCAUCUAUCAACAACUUUGAUACAAACACACUUAGUUUCCCUUUUCUUUGUUAAUGUAGCUGAAUUCUGUCAGGUGUUUGGGUAUAGAACAGUCUUGAUAUCACAGGUGUUCUGUUUCCAGGACUGAAUCCAUCAAUUCUGAGGAUGCUCAGCCUGAUUCCUACUAGCUGUCCUCAUCCAACGUUGUUUACUCUUUGCAUUAUUAAGAUUACACGUUGUAUGUUUUAUUCUCUAAGAAUGCUCCCGUGUGGAGACAAAGUAUUUUGAGAAUAAACUAAAGAACGUAUCACAGUGGAUCGGUUAUAAAGAAGUUACAGCCUUCAAAAGACACACAGGGAAAUGAUAGAUAAAAUAAGUAGGCUAUUAUGGUAUAUGGAUGGAUCAAGCACGUACAUAAACAUUACCCAUGGUCACAGUUAUUCAUUCACAGUUUCUAUUUAAUUAAAAAGCCCGUUCUAGAAGUAUUAGGUGUGUAUUAAUUAAUACAAAUAAACACAUAUAAAUGUAUAUAAAAAGCUCAACCUCUAAUACUUUUGUGUAUUUUAGAUAUGAUAUUUACGUUUCAUUCAAUACCUACUAUCCAUUCACAUGACGUAGUACGUCUUAUUAUUAAAUGAGCUAUUCUGUAUUUUUAGCCUACAUUAUUUUUUUACUUUUGAAUAGAUGUUUAAUAAAUAAUCAAGUGUUUCAAUAUUGUAGUAUUUAUUUCAUUCUUACUUUUUCUAUGUAUACCAAUCUUAACUGUGUAAUAAUACCUUAAUGAUUUCAUUUCUAUUUUAAAGUGAAGUUAAUAAUCUUCAUCCGGUACAUGAAAUAGAAACCCGGAACCGUUGAGCAUUGUUGUACCUACCCGGACCCUUAAUAAGAAGAACCCGGACACACCCGGAAGUGGUUGCAUCAUUAUUUUUAUUCCCUCACUUCCAACAUGAAGGAAGCAAACAUGGCUCUCCCUGUCAGUAUGGGGGCUCUGCUCCAGGCAGACGUCCUGGAGGACGCUGCUUACCGGGAGGACGGGCUGUGUGUGGUGGGUAUCUUCGGGAAAGGCUCCAUGCAGCCCGGGCCCAUGAAGGAGUCUCUCAUUAACAACCUGGCGGACAAACAGAUCUUCUCCCUCUUCAGCGGGACGGAGGACGACGGCUCGGCGGACAGCCUCAUCCAGGCUUUCUACCACCAGGAGAGCCGGGUCCUGUACCUGCUGCUGUCCUCCGUGUGUGACAGCCAGCAGCUGCUGCGGGCCUGCCGGGCUCUGAGCACCGGGGCCGGACACUCAGACUCCCACGACUUCUGGAAAGGUCUGGACCGACAGCACUGCCUCCACCUGCUCUACAUGUUCUCCGUGUGCCACGUUCUCCUGCUCGUCAGCCCCAACCAGACCUUUGAUGUGACCUACGACCGGCUCUUCAGAGCCCUGGAUGCCCUCCGACAGAAGGUCCUGCCUCUGAUCCGGGCUGCCAUCAAAGACUGCACGGUGUCCAAAGAGUGGAAGGUGAACUGUCGGCCCUGCCCUCCACGCCUGCUCUUCGUCUUCCAGAUGAACGGAACCCUGAAGGUCUCUUCAAACGGCUCAGACUCUGGAGGAAACCUUGACAAACCUAAGAAGCACUCUCCCAGGAGGAGGCUGCAGCACGCACUGGAGGACCAGAUUUAUCGUAUCUUCCGUAAAAGCAGAGUCCUGACCAACCAGAGCAGCAACUGCUUGUUCACCGUCCCCGCCAAUCAGGCGUUUGUGUACGUGAUACCGGCGUUAGAAGAGGAUCCUGUUGGGACCUUGCUCGGUUUGCUGCGAUCAAACUGCAUCCUCGGGGAACAGGACACGCCCACGAUGGUGACGGGGCCGAGGCGCUACCACCAGAUGCGACGAUCAAUUCGGCAGCCCAGCUUUGGAGAUUCAUGCGGCGGUCUGAUGGGCGGUCAGCUGGUGGACUGCAGCUUGAAGGAGUUCCUCUGGCAGCACGUCGAGUUGGUCUUGACCAAGAAAGGUUUUGAUGACAGCGUCGGACGCAACCCGCAGCCCUCACACUUUGAGCUGCCCACAUACUCCAAGUGGGUCCAGGUUGCUGCGAAACUCCACCAAGUUCUGAUUACAAACACAGAAGAAGAGAUCGCAGAGCUGGCUACCAAAGUGCAAAGCCAGCUGAAGGUUCUGGAGGGCUUUUUGGAUGCUGACACAAAGUUCUCUGAGAACAGAUGUCAGAAAGCUCUGCCUCUGGCUCACAGUGCCUACCAGUCCAACCUUCCACACAACUACACCACCACAGUGCACAAGAACCAGCUGGCACAGGCGCUGCGGGUGUACAGCCAGCACGCCCGAGGGGUGGCUUUCCAGCGAUACGCACUGCAGCUUCACGAGGACUGCUACAAGUUCUGGAGCAACGGGCACCAGCUGUGUGAGGAGAGGAGUCUGACCGACCAACACUGUGUUCACAAGUUUCACCUGCUGCCUCAGCCAGGAGAGAAGACUGACAUGGAUCGCAACCCACCCAUCCUGAACCACAACAGCAGGGGGCGCUCCACCAGCUCCUGUAACUGUGGCAGGAAACAGGCUCCCCGUGAGGAUCCGUUUGACAUCCAGGCCGCCAACUGUGACUUCUACCAGAUGCUGGAGGAGAAAUGCUGCGGGAAGCUGGAGAGGAUCGAGUUCCCCGUGUUCCAGCCGAGCACUCCAGACCCAGCUCCCGCCUCAAACGAGGCUCCCAAACCCCCGAGUGAGGCCUCAGGGUCCGGAGAGGCAGAGAGGCUGAAGGAGCCAAGCACCGCCCAGAGCCACACACCCGGGGACCCCAGCCUCAGCCUGGCCCUCAGCCUGGGUCAGUCCACCGACAGCCUGGGGCCGUAUGGGGAUGGAGAUGGAACCGAAACCCAAGUUCAGCAAAAGAGGCCAAGCCUUGUGGACCGCCAGCCCUCCACUGUGGAGUAUCUCCCUGGUAUGACGCACUCAGGCUGCCCAAAAGGACUGUUGCCCAAGUUCUCCAGCUGGUCUCUGGUCAAACUGGGACCAGCCAAGUCUUACAACUGCCACACGGGUCUGGAGCACCCGGGCUUCCUGCCAGGCUCGUCCUUCCUCUUGCCAUGGGACUUAGUGAUCCGUUCUCGGUCGGAGGAGGACACAGGGCUGACGGACGCUCUGGAUGGAAGCACCUCAUCUUGGCCUGCUCCGAACAAGACCCUGGUGGGGAAGCGAGGGAGCACUGGAGGUCUGGGGAGGAGUCGUAGGAGGGACGACAUGGCUCGGGUGUUCGUGGGGUUCGAGUACGAGGACAGCAGGGGGAGACGCUUCAUCAGCUGUGGGCCGGAUAAGAUUGUCAAGGUCAUGGGACCAGGAGGCGCCAAAGACCCCGCCACCAGGGUGCUGAACACGGACAUGCCGCUGUACAUCCCGUCUCCCUCACAGGGCCGCAGCCUGAAGCCUCACUUUGCACAGCUCGCUCGCCUUUACAUCGUGGUGCCGGACGCCCCGCUGGAGAUCACCCUCAACCCACAGGUGCAGCCUGGUCCUCCUCCCUGUCCAGUGUUCCACCCUGAGCAGACUGAUCUGGUGUUACCGCCCGAUGGUCUCUGGGUGCUGCGGUUUCCUUACUCGUACUCGACAGACCGCGGGCCCUGCUACCCCCCCAAAGAGAACCAACCGCUCAACAACUACAAGGUGCUCCGAGGCAUCCUGAAGGCCAGCACUGCUAACCCUCCACCGCAGUGAUACCUGAACCUUUCACAGCAUGAAGGGGAGGACUGAACCUCCUGGGACACAGGUUGAUGUGUUUACACCUCCUCAUGAGGCCGGUCUCAGACCUGCAGACCUGGCUUUGGUCCAUAACAGUGGGGUUGGAAAGGAGCCUGGCUAACCAUGAAAGGUGCUGUAGUCUUUGCUGCCAUCCUGAGACUCAACUCUGCUGUUAUUACUCAACACCAUCAUGACCCCAGCAGGAGAUCCUUUCAGUGGUGCCAUAUUUUGUUGAGGAGGGUGGAAUCAUCAGUGAGGCGUUAGUCCUCUCACUCUGUGGGUCCUCAGGGUGAGACGGACGCUACAGCGGAGCUACAUGCUGCCAUGAACACAUCUGAAACAUGAUCACACAGCGUCUGACUGUCUCUGUAACUUCUCUGAACAAACUAUUGGACGUUUAGAAUCCCUUCACACCGUUACCAGCCAGCUGUGUGGAGGCGACUGAUCAAGCAUGAUGUGAGCUUCUCCUCUCCUCUCCUGAUACAUCUGUGUCUGUCACUCUGCGUGUGUACAACGCAGGGCAACACCAAGAACGCCUUCCAGGAGAGACUGUCAGAGAAUGUGUGCUGUCAUCCUGAAUUUAGACUUUCUCUGACAGACGACUUUUCAAUUCAGCUUGAAGUUCGGAACGACUGCAAACCCUCUUCUCUCAUGACAUGCUCUAACAACAGGGCAUGUAAGAUGUCGGGUGUCUUCUGGACGCCUGUUGCUGACCCUGACCUGCAGCUUUUCAGGUGUGUCUCUUAAACACCUUGUCAAUCAUCAUUGGUCAUUUGAGCCUGAAUUUUAGCUGCAGAGUCAAUCAGCAUGAGAGGAAACCUUCUAACUGAGUGCAGGAUGAACAUGUAAUGGUUGUAAAUGUAAUAGUUAUAUCUGAUUUGAGUAGCACUGUUUUAUUUGAAAGCCUGAGUUACAAACAAAAGCAAAUGCAUUCGUUCUCCUCCCUGCAGCCUGAAUUUAGAUUUAACUUCAGUAAAUGAUGACGGAGUGAAACUGAUUAAUUUACAAAUUAAAGCGCCUCAAUGUAAAUCAACAGAGAAGAAACAGAGGCUGAAAUCAAAGCUCAGCUUAGUUUAUGAAGCAGCACUUUCCUUUAAUCCCAGUUUUUUAUUUUUAAGCAGCAGACACAUUCAGUGUUUGAUAAACUGUAAUCUGACUGUCAGCAGAUCUGAGUUUAAAGUCAUGUAUUUGGUAAAAACACAACUCAUGAAAGAGAUCACAGCUGCUGACAAACACAAACACAGUCUGUCAUGAAAUGUUUGUUUACAUUUACAAAGGUGAAGUAUGGGCGUUUACAGUAAGGUGUGUUGUGUUGUGGUGAUGUCGUCCUACUACAACACUGAGUACUUCAUUUCCCUGUCACCCUGCACCUCCGGAGAGUAACGGGAUCAUGAUUUCUCUAAAUAAAAGUCCCUCUCGGUGA